GAAGUUUUUAUUUACUUACUUUUUGAUUGUAGUUUUAAAAGCUUCGUAUGUCCGAGGAACUUCAGGUUUGGAGUAAUAUCCUUUAACAUAAUAGCAAGGAAAAAUACCACUGCUGAACGCAACAUAACCUUACUCAAAUACUUUUGAAACAUUUGUUCGUCACAGAACUCAUUCAAACUAUCAGGGAGAUCGAAAUGCUUACAAACGCGGGUAGAUUUAUAGACAGAAAUCCCGGAAUAAUCCCGGUAAGUUUACGAGGAGAUAUAUCAAAGAAAUAACUAAAUAACCUAAUCCUCUAAAGAAGGCGAGCUGAAAGUUGCAAAACAGAAUCCAUGAGAUUAUUGAGACUAGCCACAGAUAAGGAGUGUCUGUCGUUAUGAAGUUCGUGGGUUAAAUUUUCCCUGAAUUUUACUUUUCAUCCUUUUACAGGCGGGAAAGCUUUUCGAUGUUUCAGGAGAGACAGCCGGUGGUAGCCUCCAAAUACCACAGCGUGUAAGUUGGAAGCGAAAUAAUGUUACGCAUUACUGUAUUAUUUGUUAAACCGUAUACUCAUGGAUAAAGUUGCAGUUUCAUAUAAGUUCAUGUUUCAAAAAUGUAACUUUACUAAAACAAUUUGUUUCAAAUCGCGAAUUAUCUUAAAGGAUACUAGACCAGAAACUGUUCGAAAGUUUAGAGGAACAACACAACCUGAGGCGGGCAAAGAGAGAGUGUUUUAUGGCAGAGCAAAUGAUCCAGACGUAGCCUCGAGGAUUACGCAUGGAGUCAACACAAAAUCUUCCCUUGUCGUAUGUAUCAUAUCCUAUACGAUAUAAAAGUUUUAAUUAUCUCUCCCAAGGUAACUUUUAAUCGUGUAGUUCCCGUAAAGUAAUUGUAUUGGUUCAUUGUUUGAUAGAAAGAAACUGUUUCGAGCGAGCAGAGUGUUAGUUGCAGAUCGGCUUUCAUAUGUAAAUGAACAGCUGUUAGAACUCACGCUUGAACAAAAACGUUUUUCCUUGCUAAAUCCUCUGAAAUUAUGAGCUUAGAAGUUCCUUUCCCUCGUUCUGAAGUUAAUGAAACCAUGAGCCUUUAUCCAGAGUAGAUUUUUUCAUCAUUAGACAAAGCACACACAAAGCUUUACGUUGAGUAAAAAUCCAGUGCGUCCUUAACCAUUUAUUUUCUUUCUCUACCUGAUUUCUGCAACAGGCGGGCCACCUCGUAAAUCCUUCAAGGAAAAGUCUUUUCUCUCAACGGAUGCUUGAAAAGAAAGAAAGCAUUUAUGCUAGCAGGAAAAACGCUCCUCUAGGUAAUUUAUCAAUGUCUUACAAUCAUUAAAUGACAGAUUUUAAUUUUUGUUGUUUAUUUUUAAAUUUUCCCUGUUUUCAUGAGUUUCAUGUUAUCUGUAUUCUGUACAAUCAGGGAGGUGUCAUGACCAAAAGCCAGGUCUGCCUGAUGGUGUUGGACCAACUGAUGUGACUUAUGGAGUCAAAACCAUCAAAGGUACUAAAUUUUAAUAUCACAAUCAAUAUAUCAUACAUCAUAUAUUAAUUUAUAAAUUUAUUAUUAUCAUUUUAUUAAUUUUUUAUGUAUGAAUUCUUAUGCUAAUAUUAAUUCGAGAUCUGCACAUUGGCAAUAAAUUCUCAAUAAACAGAAUAUUUGAAGUACUAAAAUAUGAUUAUUUUUGUCUCAUUUAGAUGGAAGUGCUGGAGAAAUGGUCAGCCCUGCAAAAACAGCAGCCCAAGUAAAUGCUGAGUCAUUGGAGGGAAAGGAACUAUACAAAUUCAGCCAUAAUGACUUUGAUGUUGGUAUGUUAAGAGAUGUUUGUUCAUCAUUACGUACUGACUUGAAACUUGUUAGAUCAAGAUGGCAACUUCUUCUUGAUAAGUUUGAAUAUUCUUGUCACUCAUUUGCUGGAUAAUGUAAUAAAUAUUAUAAGGAGAAGUUACACGGUAAUCACCUCUGGAAGUAAUAGGGUUAAUUCUCCAAGUAGAGUUGUAAAGUUCCCCACCCUGAAGAUGAUUUCCUUCAUUUUUCACAGGUGAAAUGUUUGAUAGAAAGUAUGACUGGAGUAGAAUACCAAAGGAGAGCAAAUUUGGUGUGGAAACACCACAUAACAAUGAUGGAAUCCAUGUAAGAAAAACUCUCAAGUGGCUUCAUGAGACACAACAGUAAGUUUGAUUAACAUGAGCAUGUACACAUUUAACUAUUAACUAAACUGGUUUCAAAGAAUACCUUCUUCAGUUAUGUAUAGGUAAUAACAUGAUUUUGAAUGCAAUUUGGUGUAAAUAAGCACCAGUAAAUUUUGAAAGACAACAAAAUUUCCAAAGCCCACAGGGGGAGUGCAAUUUGUUGUCUUCAAAAAAUUUCUAAGGGCUUAUUUAAACCAAAUAACACAAGAAAUCACGUUUUUACUCGUUAAUGAUUUACAUGAAAAAACAUCACAGUAAGUCAAGACACACAGAAUUUUGACAGAGUACGUGCAUGCACUAUUCAUGUUACAUUUGUUGUUAAAUGAAAAAUGCACUCAUUUUCAGCCAACCAUGUGUGUAAUUUUUUCAUGUACAUCAAUUUCGAUUAUAUCCUUGUACUUAUACUAAGCCAUAAUCAUAUACCUUCAUUACAUAUAUUGUUUUUCUAUUCCUAAAAUUUAAUUUCUAUUAAGUUUACGAAUAUUUCUUCAGCAAUAAUCUUACAAAAGUAAUGAUAAAAAUAAUCAUUUUUUGUAAAAUAACCCUUAAACACAUGCAUAUCUAAGUCAUCUCCCUUUGUGCAGAGAAAAGGCAACAAAGAUUGUCUCAAAACGUGUUGACGAUUUCCGUGAGAGAACCCAGCCUCAACUUGGCCAAGUACACGAUCCAAUUAAAGACACCCUCAGGGUCCCACCAGAUCAUGCCUUUGGGGUAAUGAUUAAACCUGAUGAGUAUGGAGCAGGAGACCUGAUCCACAUGCGUGUUCCUAAAAAUUAUCUUCGAGGGCGUGACAGGGAAAGGGGAGUGCUUGCAGCUGUGAGACAUCAUUUGAAGAAGGCAAACUAUCACAAUUUCCAUGACCUGAAAGCUGCAUUUGGAUACUAUGACAAGGUGAGGAGGAUUUUUUAAACAGACAGAGAGGUAACUAAUCCCAAGGGGUAUCCAUGUAAAAGAGAAACAAAAAUGAGAGCAAUAAUAAAUUUUAAACUUAGUCAUACCACAUGUACUGACUCACUUGAUUGUUGAGUUGAAGUGUAGCUUUUGAUUUAACAUGUUCAAAUCAUAAAUAAAUCAUCACUAUUAGAAAUAUUUAUAAUCACUGAACGCAAAAUUGUGUUAAGAUAUGGCUUGUGCAAGAUCUCGAAUAAUCUUUUAGUUACCAUAUCAAAGAGAAUAAGUCUCCCUCAGAUGAUUUUUUCCAAUAAAAGUGCAUUGAAUAUUACAUUAUUAUACCCCUGACUAAAGACUGUUUGGCUUGGAAACUGCAGUCACCACUAUAAUUGUAAUUUCAAAUGACCCCAGGAGUGGAGCUACAAUGUAAAGGGCUGUAACUUAACUUAUCCUCAAUUUAAUUACGAGUUAUAAUCAAUCAAACACAUUAAAAAGGGGAAAAAACUAAGUUUUUCUAAGAAAGUAUUGACUUUUCCAUGAAACAUGUAGAUUGAGCUAGCAUGAAAAGUUACAACAAUAUACAUAUUAAUUGUAGGACAACUCUGGAAAAAUUUCACUUAAUGAGUUGCGUGAGGUGUGCAUCCACUUUAACCUUCCAAUCGAGCCAGUGCUGUUGGAGUCCAUGUUUGCUUAUUGUGAUGUGGAUGGUGAUGGACAGAUAAAUUAUGAUGAAUUUUCCAACUUCCUUAACUGGAAAGACAAGAUGCCAUCCGGGGAGUUAAAGAGUACCAUAACAGGAGUACAGAAAGAUGAAACAGCUGAAGGAGAAGCUAAGGUAACCAUGCAUGUUUCAAGGUUUUGAUUUUUUUCUCAAGAUUUUCCGUAAUGAAAAAGGGUCCUGUCAUACUGGUUGAGUGGUUUAAAUUGCCACUUCAUGAAAAACUUUGAGAUGCAUUCACCUGGGCCCAGUUGUUCGAAGGCGGAUUAGCGCUAACCCAGGGUUAAAUUUUAAUCUAGGUUUCUAUUUUUCUCUGUUCAAAAGCUGUUUGAGGAUAAUUUUCUCCAUUUAUUUUCAGAGCAUUCAAUCAAAAAAUUGAAGACAUUUAAGCUGAAUUUUUUUCUUCAAGCUUUCAGAUCUUAAAUCAAAUUUUAUACUAAUCCUGGGUUAUCUUAACCCAGCUUUGAACAACCCGGCCCAAGUUUGCAAGGGUUCUCUUCGUAUAAGGCUCAGAUCUUAAAGUACUGGGAAAGCCUUGGUCACUGAAUGGAAUGUGUUCUUGAGUUACAAAACUUCCUCUCAAAAGGAUCUUUAAAGUCUAACCUUGGCUGAGUCAUUUGGAAAAUGAUUAGCAGCUAAACCACAUUUAUAUGUAUUCAGCUGCCAUGGCAACAUACACUUUUUUAUGUAAUAACACCAAAACAAGCAUCAAUUUAGCAUUUUUUGACAAUGUGGCCCUGCAUGCCACAAGAAGAAUCAAGGAUGAACUGUCAAUAACUGGCAGGGGUAUGUACCCUAGAAGAUGAUGAGCUAACACAAUACUUCUAAGGGGAAGCCCUACUCUAAUCCAAUGGUCAAGUGGAUCCUGUUCAUAGAUAGGUGUUUUCUGGACCUCUUACAGGAAGAAGAGAAGAAGACAGGUGCAUCAACACCCACAAGACUUAAAAAACAGAUUGACCAAGCUGUUGGUGGCUGGAAAACCUCUUCAUCUCAGUUUAAUGAAGUCACAGGCAAGAUCAGAACAACAGGUAAGACUUCUAUAAUCUGGUUACCAACUCUUGACAAGUCAUUAUGAUGCCUGUUUAACAUUACCUCUUUAAUAGCAGUCAAUUAAUAGUAAGUCCUCUUUGUACAUCUAUGCACAUAAACUUCAGCCAGGGAAUGUCCCUCAUUUCCCAUUCUACUGUAAUCUCCUCCAAGUUUCUUUGUGCAAGGCCUCUCUCCUUUUCUCCAUUGAAUAAAGUACUUGUAAUGAUUGCAGGAAGUUCAUGUUAUCAACUAAGUAAAACUAUUUCACUUGACAUUUAGGUUGGCGAGCAUAUGGAGUUCCAACCAUAAGAUCUGAUUUACCAGCACCAACAACACGAAGAGUUGCUGACCACACUGUAGGUCCAUUUUCAAAAAUGAAUACAUAUGAGUAGAAAAAUGUUAUCAAUAUUCUUUGACAAACCAUCCCACAAAUUUUAAACUUUUUCACUGAUAAGAUCCAAUUUUUUAAUAUAACUUUUAUUGCAUACAUCUUUGUAUGGUAAGAGACAGGAGUCUACCUGUCACUGAUCAGCAUAGAAUUGUACUAUUCAGUUGAAAGAUACAUACCAGAUAAUUUGCCAAUCCAGGAAAAAGAAAAAUUGGCCUAUAUACACCUGAUAUUGAUCUUGCUAUUCUGCUGAUGACAAUAACAAUGAAAGUGCUCAUAGAGAAAGUUAAUUGUUCCCACAGAAUUAUGGAGAUGAAUCUGAUGCCUAUGGCCUUAUCAACCCAUCAAUUUACAGCAAUCAUGGAGUUUAUGAGAAGGAUUUCUUUAGCGCCAGAGACCAGUAUGAGGUAAAUUUAAUUAUAACACAAGUUACUAAAUGUUCCUUGAUAGACUUUACAUAAUAAAGAGGGUCAAAACUAAGUACCUGUUCAAUAACUAUUUUAUAAUCCAAAUGCAUUAAGUAGAGUACAAAUAACACAUGAAUUGAGUACAAAAUAUCGCCAUAUUGUACAGUUGGCUAUUUUGUACUGUAAAAGAACCUGUUUAAGCGGUGGGCUGCAUGCCCCAUUUCUCUUGCUUCUCUCACUUUUCAAGAAGUGCACAUGAUAUAAAGCAGUUGGAUAAUAAAUAACUUAUUACAUGUUUUGUUGCAAAGUACAGUGUAUCACUGAGUAUUUUUACCCAUUAUUUGUAUUUUGACUUGCCUUACUGGCUCAUCAAAAUAAAGCGCAACUCAACAAUACUCGAUAUUACACAGCAAAACUUCUAUUAAAAUGGAUAACUCAAGAUAAAUUUGCAUCAGUACCUUUUAUUUAAUAAUCCUAGAAAGUUUCAUCAAGCUUGUUGAUAUUCAGCUGAAAUUACAGACUUUAGUGUACAUUGUAAGGAUGGUAUAUCCUUAAUUUCUUUUUUUUUUCCAUUUUAAUCGUCACUAAAUAACUUGACCAUGUAUUCUCUUGUUAUGAAAUUUGUGUCAAUUUCCAUGUUUUUUUUUCUCCUUUUUCUUGUUGCACUCCAGUCACCAUUUUGGAGAGUGGCUGAUUUUACUUUGAUUAUUUAAAGAAUUUUUAAGAAGUAUGCCUUAGAUCACUUGAGAGGCCUUUUCAUUGUAGUAGGAGUUAUUUUAUCCUUUUUCUUCACUCCUGCAAGUGAGGCAUGAGGCUGAAAUUAACUUUUUUAAAAAAAUGCUCUACACAUUAUUUAUAUAGUCUUUUUUUAAACAGAUAAGGAGAAUAUUUGAUGGGAUUGGAGUGGAGAUGACAAGUGAUGCUUUUGAAAAGAUCUGGGAGGAAGCUAGCACAAGACAUCCCACUGGACUGGUAAUAACAACUUUAUUCAACUCUCUAUACUCUUCUUCUUACCCAGCUCAAGGUUAAUAACUAAUCGACUAUUAAUUUUGGCAAUCACUUGAUGCUCUCAGGCCCUGCAUUCACUUUUCUUCAACUGAACAGCCUCAAGAGGUUUUUUCUAACUACUACUGAAUCAAGGGUAGAUUGUUUCUGAAAACACAAUUUCACUUUUUGAAUAAAAUAACUUUCACUAAGUAUUUUCUAGAAGUUCAACUCUAGUUUCCUUUCCAUCAAGGGAAGUUUGUUUCCAAGAACAAGAAAGUACUUUUUGGAUAAAAUAACUUCCACUGAGUAUUUUCUAUAAGUUCAACUCUAGUUUCCUUUCCCAUCAAGGGAAGUUUGUUUCCAAGAACAAGAGAGUGCUUUUUGGAUAAAAUAACUUGAACAUUUUCCUCAAGUUCAACUUGUGUUGUUGUUGUUGUUGUUUUUUUCAAACUCUAACUUGGCCUACCGUUAUCUCUGCUCUAGGUCAGUGUAGAGACAUUCAGAGGAGUAAUGGAUGAAGUUAAUGCCAAGAAACUUGUUGAAACCCAAAUGGCAUGAAAACAGGAAAACAUGAAAACAACAAAUUGACUUUCCCUAACUUUAAUAAAAAUGCAGCAAUGUUCAACACCAAAAAUUGGACUAACUUUUUAUUUUUCAAUUUUCAUUUGAUACAAUAGAGAUCGUUGGUGACUAACA